GAUGAGCAGUCAGAGCUGAGUGGGCCUGAUUUGAUCCAGUCCACAGUGACAGUAUAGUUAGAAAAAGCAGGUUGUUUUAUACAUGUACAGGAGCACCGUUCCAGCUAUGUCUCUGUCCACUGAAUAGGCCAGAGGAGUGGUGGCACAUAUCUCCAAACUCUCUGCAUGGCUGGAUCCCACUGUAGCUAUGCACAUGUAAUGGACAGGCAAGGCUCGAUAUCAAACCGCCUGGAGAGUCCGAUCACGUCUAACCUGGACAACCUGCAAGCCAAAAAGAACUUCUCGGUCAGCCACCUGUUGGAUCUGGAGGAGGCGGGGGAAAUGGUCGGCACCCAGGCGGACGAGAGCGUCGGGGAGGCGGGGAGGAGUAUGCUGGAGUCCCCGGGGCUGACCAGCGGGAGCGACACGACCCAGCAGGAGAAUGAACAGAUGAACACGGAGGAAAAGAAGAAGAGGAAGCAGCGCAGGAACAGGACCACCUUCAACAGCAGUCAGCUCCAGGCUCUGGAGAGAGUGUUUGAGAGGACACACUAUCCCGACGCCUUCGUCAGAGAGGACCUGGCCCGCCGGGUCAACCUCACCGAGGCCAGAGUCCAGGUUUGGUUUCAGAACAGGAGAGCUAAGUUCCGCAGAAAUGAGCGCGCCAUGCUGGCCAGCAAAAACGCCUCGCUCCUAAAAUCUUACUCGGGAGAUGUGACGGCAGUGGAGCAGCCAAUCGUACCACGUCCUGCACCACGCCCCAACGACUAUCUGUCCUGGGGUAGCGCUGCCCCAUACAGCUGGUAUCCGAUGCCGGAGGGGGGGCCAGUGCGAGUGCCACAGAAAAUGCUGCCCUCAGAGAACAACGCCAUGGCCACCUACCCGCCCACCUGCUCCAACACCAACACGUCCCAGGGAAUGAACAUGGCCAACAGCAUCGCCAACCUGCGGCUCAAAGCCAAGGAGUACAGCUUGAACCAGGUGCCCACGGUCAACUGAGAGGAGGAGAGGCCAGGGGCCCGUGCAGAGACGGGAGGGGAACCUCUCUGCAGCCGGACCCCCGCGGUCGGACACCGUCUCUGGG